AUGGCAUUUAACUAUAAAAUAAGCUACAAGAAGGGAGAAAACAUUCCUCAUGCUGCUGCAUUAUCGAGAUUGUCCUUUCUACCACAAGAUGAAGAGAAGGACCAAGAAACAUUUAUACACUUAGUCGAGUCAGAUAUAGUGAACCUUGAGCAAAUAAUAAAAGAAACAGAAAAUGAUAGGGUAGUGAUGGAUAUCAAAACCAGAAUUAGGAAAAAUAAUUGGAGCAGAUGCUCGGUAACAGAAAGACCUUAUAAAUCUAUUAGGAAUAAACUGACUAUCGAAAAAGGAAUUGUGUGUAAUGGUGACCUCAUUGUACCUCCUAAGACAAUGAGAAAGAUCAUCAUCGAAUCGAUCCAUGAUGAUAUACAUUGUGGCAUAAUGCAAACGCGAUGUAGAUUAAAAUUGGAAGCCUGGUGGCCUGGCUACUGUCAAGAUGUUGAAGAAUAUGUGAAAAACUGUGAAAAAUGUGCCGAAAUAAAAGUAAAGAAGGAAAGGACAUUACAUACAUGGCCAAGUGAAAAUAAACCUUGGUGUAGAGUACAUAUGGAUCAUGCACAUGUACAGGGUAUCGGACUGUUUUUGAUUUUAGUAGAUUCUUUUUCUGGAUGGCCGGAAGUUAUUAAGGUAAAUAAUCGUGAAGCGACCACUGUAAAGACGGUACUACAAAGUGUUUUUUCAAGAAAUGGAGUUCCAGAGGUUUUAGUAUCCGACAAUGCUGCGGAAUUUCAUGAUACCACCUUACACCAGUGGUUAAAGAAAAUGGGUUGCGUGCCUUAUAAGACUCCACCUUACCACCCUCAAUCUAAUGGAGCAGCUGAAAGAAUGGUAGAGACAGUCAAGAUGGGUUUAAGAGCUUAA